AUGAAUCCCAACGUCGGCCAGGCGAACAUGAACCCCAUGGGCGGGCCCGUUGGGGGUGCGCCGAUGCCCAUGAUGAGCAACAUCGCCGCCAACCCCCAGGCAGCCGCCGCGAGGCAGCAGCAGAUCAACGACAACCAGCGCGGCGUCCUCAACACGUACAUCUACGAAUAUUUCAUUCGCUACGGCAUGUUCGAGUGUGCUCGCUCCCUCCUCGCCAGCGACCAGCAGGUCAACGUCCACAAGGACGGCGCCGGUCGACGUCGCGAUGAAAACGGCAACGUCAUCAACGGCGCCGACGAUGCCAUGGACGCCGACUCCAAAGACGACAUCGACUCCAAGCUCCCUCAAGACCUGCCACCCCCGAAGCUGCCGAUGCCCGCCUCCGACACCUCCUUCCUCCACGAAUGGUUCUGCCUCUUCUGGGACAUAUACAACGCCCAGCGUGCCAAGGGCGGAAACGGAACCGUCAACCAAUACGUCGCCCACACUCAGCAACAGUCUCGGCUGAAGCAGAACCAGCAGCAGGAACUGCUCCGCCAGAUGCGCCCCGGCAUGGACAUGGCGGCGCAGCAGCAGUACAUGCGCAACAUGCAGAGCAUGCAGAACGGCGCCAUGGGCAUGAAGCAGGGCAACCUUGCUCGCGCCGCCAUGGCCAACAAUCAAAACCCUCAAAUGAUGCUGCAACAGGCCAAGCAGAACCAGAUGCAGCGCGACCCGUCCGGUAUGGAUGCGAACCGCGAACGCCCCUCGUCCCCUGCCUCGGGCGAGAAUGCGCCUUCGCCCUCCAAGCGGCAGCGCGUCGACGGCGGCGCCCCCUUCAACCCCAACCAACCUGGUGCCAUGAUGGCGAACGGACGUCCCGGCCAGGUCAUGGCCGGUCAGCCGCUCGCCGCCAACCCCAACGCCGCCGCCGCCCACCACAUGCUGACGGUGAACGGCAUCAACCCCAACUCUCUCAAUCCCCAGCAGUUCCAGAACUUCAUCAACGCCCCCCCGGCUGCGCAGCAGAAAUCCAUCGCCACCUACUCCCAGAACCUCCAGCAACACCAUGGUUCGCAGAUGGGAAACAAACAGAUGCCCAACGCCGGCGGCCCUCAAAGCCAGGGCUCCCCCAUGAUGGCCCAGGGCCCUGACGGGACCACCAUGACCGCAUUUUACAAUCCUGGCGACAUGUCCGGUCCCGGUGGCAUUCGGCCCGGCCCGGGAGGCGCCCAGGGCGGAUCCGGCAGCAACCACGCGCUGCAGGACUAUCAGAUGCAGCUGAUGCUGUUGGAGCAGCAGAACAAGAAGAGGCUCAUGAUGGCCCGCCAGGAGCAGGAUAGCAUACCCGGCAGCUUACCCAGAGAAGGUCAGACACCUGGGGCGCAAGGACCAAACGGCCAGCCCUUCCCGGAUGCCUCCCCCCAAGCGAUGCGGACGGGAGCCUCUCCCAAUCCUGCGGAUCAGAUGAAGCGUGGCACGCCGCAGAUGAACAACUCGGGCGUGCCUUCGCCCGCGCCCGACGGCGGCCAGUCUCGUGAAUCCCCGAACCCAGCGAUGAACUUUAUGGGCAACCACAUCGACCCGAACAUGGCACCGCAUUUCUUCAACAAGGGAAUGGAGGGCAACAUGGCUGCCGCGCAAGCGCAGAUGAACGGCAUGCGACCCCCAAGCUCGCACCCCGGACAGCCGUUCAACGGUCAGAUGACGCCCCAGCAAAUGAUGGUUGCUCGUCAACAGCAGCAGCAGCAGCAGCAACAGCAGGGUCAGCAGGGCCAGCAGCCCCAGCCAGGACAGCAACAGCAGGGCGCCCACCAGCAGUGGCAGCAAGGACCGAACGGACAGAUGAUGCCCCAGGACAUGCAGCAACAGCAGCAGCAGCAGCCGCAGCCGCAGCCGCAGCAGCAGGGUACGCCUCAGCAGCGUUCCAUGCCACCCCCUUCAGCACCUGCCGUGGCGACGAACAAUCGCACAACCGCGUCCCCGCAGCAGGCCGCAGCCGCCCCUCCGACGCCGAAUCAGAGCAACAAAGCGGCGCCGAAGAAGAAGGAGUCCAAGGCUGCCAAGGACAAGCGUGCUGCUGCCGCCGCGCAGAAGAAGGCAAGCCAGAACGCGGCCAACACGGCGGCAACGCCGGCGGGUGACAACGAGCCAGAGCCACCGACGCCCGCUACGCCGAUGACGCCGGCGACCUCCGUCUUCAACAAGAACGUGCAGAAUGGAGGCGGAGCAAGCGCCCAGGCGACGACGGCUGCACCAACUGUCACGGCGGCUGCGCCUGCUCCCACGCAAGGGCCCCCUAUGCCGCAACAGACGCAGGGAGACCCAAACCAGAACGGUGCUAUGAGCAUGGACAACUUUGGCAGCAUGGUCGACUUUGGCACCAUGGAGCUGGCCAACCCCUUGCAGUCGGGCGAUGUCCUGAACGAUUUUGAUUUCGACUCGUUUUUGCACGAGGACAACAACGAACCCUUUGACUUCAACGGAUUCUCGACGAUGGAGGGGGGCGAGAUUGGUGCCGAGUGA